AUGGUGAAUGUGUGCCCAUUCUUCAGUUACAUAAACAACCCACGAUAUAUAUCGCUUGAUUACGCACUCUUUAGAUCCUCCACUCGGGAUAUUGACCAGAAUCUUGCAUAUACCAACAUGUUUGAUGCAACGGUGGAUGCAUUUGUGUACGCUAUGGAGAAGAUGGGUUUUUCGGGCAUUCCGGUGGUGGUGACGGAGACAGGGUGGCCGGCGGCUGGCGGCGUUGCGGCGAGUGCUGAGAAUGCGUUGGAUUAUAAUGGGAAUAUUGUGAAACGAACAAUGAAUAACGUUGGGACGCCGAAAAGACCUGGGAUUGGUGUUGAGGUUUUUUUGUUUGAUUUGUUUAAUGAGAAUGGAAAAAGUGGCCAGGAAUAUGAGAGGCAAUUUGGAAUAUUUGGAGUUGAUGGUACUAAGGCCUAUGGCCUUAAAUUCUAUUAA